AUGGAUACUCCUGCCGAGUCCGUCAUACCCCUUGCUAUUCGGUUCGUACCCUACGACCAGUGGUUUGUCACCCAUGUCUCGACGUCCUGGAAGACAAAGGAGGUCAAGCAGUACAUCCUAUCCAAAUGUCUGCCCUACUCGUCCUAUGUCCGCUCGCAAGCGCCUGAGCCACCUCAACCGCGCUCGCUGAGUCCUAUCACUUUUGCAUCUGCGUCUGCCAGCCGGUCGCGAAGGAGUUUGGAUCAACGAUCGACGAGGAGCGCCAGUGUAGCGGGAGACGAGGACGGGGACGGGGACGGGUCGAACGACGAGGAGGAUGACGAAGAUGCAGACGACGUCUUUCCCGUAGAGCACGGUCAAGCUACGCGUCUGAAUCGAGACCACUAUCACAGCACCGCCUAUGCCACUACUCGCCAGCCGGUCCCCGAUGCUUCCACUUCUACCGCAAAGUCCACACGCCAAUCGCGGUCGGACGCCCGCUCGGUAUAUCACCACUCUCAUUUCAGCCUUCUUAGCUUCUCGACUUUUCAUCUCCUCGAGAAUGACUAUACGAUAUCCUGGUACCGCUUGCGUCCUUACGAACUGCUCGAGAUGCACCUUUCAGGUGCUAUAGUUCGAUUGCAGCGAGAUCAGCUCCUAAAGUACGUAGAGCCCUACUUUGAAUGCAAAGUCAAGGCGCUACGGGUGGUAUACAAAGAACGCAAGCACGAGUCGGACAAGGAUCGUGAGAAGGACAAAGGUAAAGACGAGAGCAAACAAGCCAGCAGCCAGACUUCCUCGUCAUCCAGCAGUCGGCUUCGCAGCACGCACUCUGACCCUUCAGCCGUGCUACCUAUCAGGAAGAGCAAGAUCGAAUGGAGAGAAAAAUGGAUCAACGUUCGGCACGGCGUUCUAAGAUUAUGCAAAGACCGAGCCGACACGUCUUCCUCGCAGACGUUUCCCCUGGCCGCCCUUCGAAAUAUCCGUGGAUCUGAACACCUGCAGAACGCCUCCUCCUCCAUCCCUCAUCAAUCUACCGAGACCAUCAUUUGCGCCAAAUUCAAGAAUGUGGCCGCUCAUUCUUACCCUGCGCACUCGUACUCGGCAAGCUCGGUUGCAGGGGGUGCGAUAAGGUCCGCACCUCCCCUCGGAGGCGGUGGAGGCCUCUACAACGACGAAUACGGGAGGCGUGGAAGUGUGCCCGGACCUGGAGGACUCGGGAGAGCUGGGCGGAGGGAGCAUGAACACGGUGACAUCGCAGAGGAGGGAGACGACAGGCGGCAUGACAAAGGCGCAGAGGGGGCGUGGAUCGUUCUAGACAUGCUCGACGAAUAUGGCAAGUGUCUGACGUAUCAAGCAUUCACUUCGUUGCUGCGGAUACUGCAUCGCGGCGCCCCGCGCUCGGUGUCUUCGUCCUUCGUACCCAACAUGUCUACCUCCUCAGGAGAAGCUACGGCUCGGCCGUCCUCGCGGGCAGACCAGCACCGCACUGUCCCUUCCCUGGGCCCAUUGAACAUCCCGGCCGGCUGCGUGCCCUACCCCGAAUGGCGCAUCGAUCUCGUCACGCGAGCACGGCGCGUUGGUAUGGGCGAUAUCGGCCCGGUCCUGGAGUGGGUGUUGCUCGGCGACCGGGUCGACGCGAAGGGGAAGGCGAAGGAAGCGGAAGACUGGCGCCGCAGCGGGAGCUGGAGCGUCGACGGCAGCGUCGAUGUAGAUGCGGCAGAAGACGACGACGAAGACAGCGAGAAAGAGUGGGAGGGGUGGAUGGGAGACUUGGAGCGGCAGCGCCGGGAGCGCGGUGCGCCCCGCUAUACGAGCGGUGGGGAUUCGGACGCGGCUGCGUCGGCGCUGCGCACGGCGUCCGCGAGCUCUGCGUCGUCACCGUCGAAUACGCUACGAGGUGCCCCGCCGACAAGGGUCUUCUCGCCCCCGCCGUCGUCAUUUGCGUCGGGUGCGCAUUCGGGCAUAGGUGCUCCGUUUGCUGACGCGUCGGUGCGACCCGCUAUGAGGAUGGCCAAUACUCGGACGACGACGACGAGUACGGUGUCCGUGGGCGGACGGGUGCGGAGUACCACUGUCAGCGUUGGUACUGGCGCCGCUAAAGGCAAGAGCGCGGUGCACUCGCCGCAGGCGUCGCGGGACAGGAGGGGCCAGGGACUCAAAUUGGCCUUGCCCUUCUCCGGCUUCGGCGGACGUGAGCAGGACCCGGUGCGGUACGAAUUCGCGCCGAACACUGAUGACGAUGAUACCCCUAGUGCGCUCAGGCACGCUACCUCAUUGGAGAACAUGCGCGUGCCGGAGCAGGGAUGGGAGCUGCCUAGCAUCAGCCGCGUUGUUCACUCCGCGGUGUCAUCGCCCGCCGUGGAGAAUGGGAUCCCGUUGCACGGUCAUGGUAUCGUGAAGACGAGUAUACAAGCUGGCCCGUCCGAGGGAAGGGUCAAGAAGAAGAGCGGUUUGGGUUUGGUACGAGGGAUGUCAGUCAGGGCGGGUGCGGAGAGGCUGGUGCGUGGCUUGGAUUCGGCGCUGGAUUUCGUGGAGGGGAAGUAA